CUCGUAGUCCCGCAGGUCGGCGGCGAACCGGCACCGUGUGACGCGCCUGCGGAGCGAUGUUCAGGGUCGGGCAGAGUUUUGCUAUGGAGUUCAGGCCGGCCUGGAGCUCAGGAUAGUCUAGAACUUGCAACUAUCCUCCUGCCUCAGCCUCUCAAGUGCUGGGAUUACAGGAUUAUUCAAGACAAAGUUGCAGCUAUUUUCAAUGAGGGGCAAUGAUCAAAAUUACUCUUUUUAAGAAGACAUUUGCAAGUUAAACAUGAAAGAAAGGUACUGGAGUCAUUUCACUUCAAACAGGAUAAACUGUAUAAUAUUUCCCUGUCACUUUUGAUGGAACCGUUAUAAGAUUCAUCACUUGCCAUGCACCCAACAGGGAACAUGGAUGUUGGUUUUUCUCGUUUUGCUGUUCAGACGCUGUCGAGAAGCCACUGCAAAAAUAUCAAACAAAAAAUUUCCCAGUGGGAAGGAAGGACUAAUGGGACAUGUAAUCCAUCCAAGUGGCAUCCAAAGGACUUUGGAGUGAGAUACAGCUGUCACCAAGAGAUUCUUCCAGUGAAAUGUCCUGCUGCGGAGAGAAAGAACAAAAAGUUGGGUAUAACCAGCUCUCCUAAUGUGGGUUUAGAUAUGAAUGAAGAUGCCGAAGUCCAUGAUCCAAGUGAGGAUGAAGGUGAGAAGCAUGACUAUGAUGAUACACACGCCUUUAAAAGUGAAUCGGAAUCCACUUGGGUGUGUUCCAGGGUCAAACAAAUUGAAAGCUGGAAAGAAGUUGUGUUAGGUCCAGAGACUUCAUUACCUCCAGGAAACUUCUAUACCUCACAAAUAUUGUGGAAGAAAAUAGAAGCCCUUCCUCCUGAUAAAGUCAUAAAUUUGGCUUUAGAACCUUGUGGCCCUUCAGAAAACAAAUUGAAUUGUAGCAUUAUAAAUAGUUCAUAUGGAAUGACCAAGAGCCUAGAUAAUAUUUACUCUGAACCUGAGGGGCAAGAAUGUGGACCUUCUAUAAACCCUUUGCCAAAGCCACGCAGGACAUUCAGGUACUUGUCAGAGUCUGGUGUUAGGCCAUAUGAAGAAAGGGACUGUGACAGAAAACACUGUGAAAAUAGGUCUUGUGCAGGAUCUACUUUGGCCUCUUCUCACGAACCUGAACCAAAGAAAUAUGGUGGAAAAAUCAGAGGGAGAUCAAAAAGGAAAUCCUUUGAAUUUGAGGAUAUUCAGCACUUUCGAAAUCGGAAUUCACAGAAGAUUCAUGAAGUGCUUGGGAGAAAUUCUGGUUCAGCACUUUAUUACACGCAGUCUGAGGAUAAUAUCUAUGAGGAUAUCAUAUAUCCCACCAAAGAAAAUCCAUAUGAAGAUAUUCCAGUGCAGCCUUUGCCCCUGUGGAGAUCCCCUUCAGCAUGGAAGCUACCACCCACUAAAAGUACUUUCAAGACACCCAAGCUUCCUCCCAAACCACAGUUCCUUCACCGAAAGACUGUGGAACUGAAGAACUCCCAAGCUUUUGUACGAUCCAAGUUUACGAAGGAUGCCACUUUGCCUGUCACUUUAACCGAGUGGAAACUUUUCAGAGCUGGAGACGUUGCGAACCGAAAAAGGAGAAAUCUUCCAAGGCUUGUAUUGAAAAUAGAUGAUAUAUUUCAAUCCAAGAGAGGAAAGAAGAAGGUAAAGUUGUACCCUUACACUGGAAAGGAAGUACUUCCUUCAAAAGGUGAAGCCAGUGGGAAUGAAAGUGACGGCGAGUAUCUGCCAAAGAGUCGCCACAAGCGCUUAGCACAGCUGCUGCAGCCUUCCAAGAGGAAUCCUCACUACCAGACUUUGGAGCGGGAUCUUAUUGAACUGCAAGAGCAACAGCUGUUUGAACUUUUUGUGGUGGUGUCUUUAAAGAAAAAGCCAUCAGGAAUAAGCUACAUUCCCCAGGUCAUACAGCAGUUCCCUAGCAAGGGUGAUCAUGGAUAUAAACAGUCAAAAGACACUGAAGAAAGGCUCAAAGUUAUCCCAAAAUUUUGUUUUCCUGAUUCUGAGGACUGGGUACCAACCUCAAAACUCAAGAGUGAAACCUUCUCCUUUGUUUUGACUGGUGAAGAUGGAAGCCGGUGGUUUGGUUACUGUAAGAAGCUUUUGCCAGAAGGCAAAGGAAAGCGACUCCCUGAGGUAUACUGCAUGGUUAGUCGCCUGGGCUGCUUCAAUCUAUUUUCAAAGAUUCUGGAUGAAGUAGAGAAGAGAAGAGAAAUGUCUCCAGCCCUUGUUUACCCGUUCAUGCGAAGUGUCAUGGAAGCUCCUUUCCCGGCUCCUGGACGUACCAUCACAGUCAAGAGCUACCUCCCUGGGGCUGGAGAUGGGUCAAUUGAACUCUGCCGACCGCUAGAUUCACGAUUGGAGCAUGUGGACUUUGAGUGCCUUUUUAAGUGCUUGAGUGUCUGCCAUCUUAUCCGCGUCUGUGCCUCUCUCCUUUUGGAGCGGCGGGUAAUCUUUGUUGCCAACAGCCUAAGCACACUGUCCCAAUGUGGCCACGCCGUGGUAGCUACGUUGUAUCCAUUCACCUGGCAGCACACCUACAUCCCAGUCCUGCCAGCGUCCAUGAUCGACAUUGUGUGCUCACCCACCCCUUUCCUUAUUGGAAUCUUGUCGUGCUCCUUACCGCAGCUCCAGGACCUACCCAUUGAAGAGGUGCUGAUAGUUGAUCUCUGUGCUGACAAGUUCUUACAGGAGGUGUCUGAUGAGAAUGAAAUUCUACCACCUAAACUUCAAGCAGCCUUGAUGCAGAUUUUAGAAGAACGAAAUGAAAUCUUGUCUCAGGAACAAAAUUUUUCACAAGAUGUUACACUCAAUUCUCUGGUAUCUGAAGCAUUUGUGAGGUUUUUUGUGGAGCUGGUGGGACAUUAUUCUCUGAACAUGACUGUCACUGAGCGUGGGGAGCGCGUAUUCCAAAGAGAGCCGUUCCGUAAGUCCCACACUUCCCGCAGUGUGCGCCACUUCCUGGAUCUCUUCAUGGAGACACAGAUGUUCGCAGGAUUCAUCCAGGACCGAGAGCUUCGCAAAAGUGGAGUUAAAGGUUUGUUUGAGGUUCGGGCUCUCCAGUAUUUGGAAACAAUUCCUGAGUCUGAGCCUAGUGGGGUGAACAGAAUUUUGCGGAGUCUUGGAAAUAAAAUGAAAUUUCUGCAGAAGAAGUGAAUCUUUGUCUCCAUCUUAAAUAGAACAAAAGUGCCAAAGAAAAUGUUUUCCUAAGGGUCAGGAUGCCUGUGAAGUAUUCUUCAAAAUCCUCAAACUUCUACAAGGUUAAGGAGCAGGUCCAGUUCUCAGAGGAAGACGCUGCUGCUGCCGCCGCCGCCGCCGCCCAGUCGCCGGAGAGCUCGGUGCGAGCUGCAGCUGGUGCUCCCCGCUGCCUCCAGCUCUUUUUUACCGUGGCCUUUCCACUGGGUUCUUGGGCUUACUCUGUUAUGCGCUUAGUCUGUGAAGGCCCUUGUCUCCCCGGGGAAAGGCUGUUAUUAAAUAUUUUUAAAAAUAAAAAGCUUAAAGAUGAGUCAAAUGAAAGAAAGGCUGGGGUUAGGGUACUGGGGAGGCACAAUUGAAAUGGCAGUGACUAGCCUUACACACACAGUUCUCCCCCCUGAAAUACCGUGGCAGCUUCAAGCCCCUGGGCUAACAGCAGGGUGCUGCAGCCCAUUCCUGCGGUUUGAGCUACUCGAGAGGCUGAGCCGGAAAGAUCAUGAAUUUUGAGUCCAGCCUGGGCAACAGAGCAAGACCUUGUCUCAAAAUAAAAUAAAAAUGUUAGUAAAACCAUGAAUUACAGCAGAAAUAUAUUCAUCACUUACACUUGUUUGAUCUAAUACCAAGGAGAAUCUCUGCUAUGUGGAAGACCUUGCUAUUGGACAUUUAUAGAAGUAGACAUGUUGAGGCUCUUCCAGUGCAUGGCACCCGAGUGGCUUGUCCCUCACGUGUCAGCAUCACUGUUUGCAUAUAGUAGUUAAUUCAAAAAUAUCCUUUCAGCCAGGUAGAGUGGUGCAUACUGGUAGCCCCAGCACAAAGGGAUUGUCAAAAGUUCAAGGCCAUCUUGAACUGCACAGUAAGACCCUGUC